CCGUGUCUCAUCCACGUCUACACUGUACCACAAUAUGGCUGCAGCAAGAAUAUUUUUACGUUUUGGACUUAUAUGCUUGGUCUGUGUUGGCAUUGUUGGUCAAGUAUAUAAACGGAAAGAGGAUUCUAUUGGUGACAAAGUGCAGCAGCUAACAGAAUGGAACAACAAAAAACCUGUGAUCCGUAUGAAUGGGGACAAGUUUCGCCAUUAUGUGAAAACUGCUCCAAGAAAUUACUCUAGCAUUGUGAUGUUGACUGCUCUUCAACCUUCAAGACAGUGCAGUGUCUGCAAACAAGCAAAUGAAGAGUUCAACAUUUUGGCCCACUCGUGGCGGUAUUCCCAGCAGUAUUCAAACAGACUCUUCUUCAUCAUGGUUGAUUAUGAUGAAGGCCCUGAUGUCUUUCAGUCUCUGAAGUUGAACACUGCACCAGUGUUCAUGCAUUUCCCAGCAAAAGGCAAACCAAAGAAGGCAGACACUGCUAACAUCCAGCGGGUUGGUUUUGCAGCAGAACAGCUAGCUCGAUGGGUUGGUGAAAGAACUGAUAUACAGAUUCGGAUCUUUCGUCCACCAAACUACUCCGGGACCUUGGCAUUAGCUCUUCUGUUUUCCCUCAUAGGGGGAUUGCUCUACCUAAAGAGGAACAACCUAGAGUUUCUGUAUAACAAGACAUCUUGGGGCAUUGGAGCUCUGACAGUGAUAUUUGCAAUGACGUCUGGACAGAUGUGGAACCAUAUCCGAGGUCCACCUCUGAUGCAUCGCAAUCCUCAGAAUGGAGAAAUGCAAUAUAUCCAUGGUAGCAGUCAGGGACAGUUUAUAAUGGAGACUUACAUCAUCAUGUUGCUCAAUGCUGCCGUUGUUAUAGGUUUUAUUAUGCUGAACGAAGCACAGACAAUGAAGGGUGAUCCUGGCAAAAGAAGAAUUCUAGCUCUUGUUGGCUUGGGAUGUGUUGCAAUAUUCUUCAGCUUUCUGUUAUCGGUAUUCAGAUCAAAAUAUCAAGGUUAUCCAUACAGUUUCCUGUUCAAGUGAAUCUCCUAGUCAGGUUUAUGGGUCAUGUCGACACUUUUGGUCCAUCAUCCAUCUGUGCUAUGCUACAAGUCGAAACUGCUUUCUAUUACUCCUUUAGUGUUCUCUUUCAACAUAGUUCUGUUAUUAUUUCUAAGAGUUUAAAACAAAAAUGCAUUCUGGUUUCAUGUUGUGCAUGUGUAAAUGUCACUCAUGUUUGAACUGUGAUUCAGUUUCUUAAUUUUUAAACAUCUAUUUUAUGUUAAUACAAGUUAAGAAUUAUUUUUGCAUGAAAAACAUUGUGACGACUGAUGGAGUAUAUAUGUUGUCCUAUAGAAACAAAAGUCAAACAUGAACUGGGAAUAAAUUUUCAUGUUGUACAUUUGCAUCAAAGUAUAUUAUAAUGUUUGUAACAUUUAAUAGUGCCUUGAAGUUGCACAUAUUAUUCCAUUCAUCAAUCAUGACUUAUAAUAUUGUAUGCAGGAGUUUUUAUUGGUUGAACUAGUACAUUAUUUUAUAAAUGUUUGCUUUAAAAUUGUGUUAUGAUGUACAAAUUAUGUGUUCUGCUUCAAAGUUGGCAUUUUUCAUGAGACAUUUGUGAGUAGCGAUUCUGUAUUUUGGAUUUUGUAAAAACAAAAUUGUUGUUUCAUAUGGUGAACAAUUUGGUGUAAUAAAUUUCUGUUAUGUAAUUAU